AUGCUUCGUUCCUGUGCUCGAAACCUGUUUCGCCUAGCAGCGAGACAGUAUUCCGCUCCAGCCGCUGCGACCACAAGUAAACUGUCCCCAGAAGAAAUUUUCAAGCGCGAAGACACGUACGGCGCUCAUAACUACCAUCCCUUGCCAGCAGCCUUGUCAAAGGGAGAGGGCGUAUUCGUUUGGGAUGUCACUGGCAAAAGAUAUUUCGAUUUUCUCGCCGCUUACUCGGCCGUAAAUCAAGGUCAUUGCCAUCCUAGAAUAGUGAAGACACUGCAAGAACAAGCUGAAGUUCUAACGCUUACAUCCAGAGCAUUUUACAACAACGUUCUGGGCGAAUUUGAAGAGUUUGCGACUAAGCUUUUUGGCUACGACAAGCUCUUGCCGAUGAACACUGGUGUUGAAGGUGGCGAAAGCGCGUGUAAACUUGCAAGGAAAUGGGGGUAUCAAGUCAAGGGAAUACCAAAGAACGAAGCAAAGAUUGUUUUUGUUGAAGAGAACUUCUGGGGGCGGACUCUUGCCGCAGUAUCGUCAUCUUCUGAUCCUGACUGCUAUGGAGAAUAUGGCCCAUUUAUGCCUGGUUUUGAACUUAUUCCUUACAACGACCUUGCUGCUUUGGAGGUAAGCUAUUUUAGACGUAGCUGCUUCGUUGGACGCAGACAAUCGUGUAAAUUGAUGCCACGUGCAACAACCACACCGUGAAUCACCACACCGUACGUAAUGAUCUGAGAUUCUUAUACAGUGUGCUCUCUUGUGGGAGACCGAUGUUUGGUUGUUGCGGGUAACUGAUAAUUCGACGAACAAAUUUCAUUUUACAUUUCGAACAACUCAUCAGUUUCUAUAUUAUUAGCCUUGAAAGCACAAAACGUGAUUCUUCAUUGGUAAACAGUAUGUAAAAUAUGGAAGGGUAAGAUUUCCUUUUCAUGAGCUUGCAUUUAUUAGGCAUGGAGCAAUAUCAUACCAUUUCUCACAAAUAUAUAGUUAAUAUAAAUAGCGUAAUAAAUGUGUGGGGUUGUGUAGAAAUCUUACCCUUUAACAAUUAGUUGAUGCGUCAGCGUGCGUAUGUCGAGAUAUUGAGCACGCGGUAAGUUUGGAGAGCACGAAAAAGGCCUAAGAGUUGUGCCUCGUGCAAUUCUAGCCUCUUGAGUGCUCUCCAAACUUCCCAAAUGCUCAAUAUCUCGACAUACGAACAGCUGCAGCAUGAAGUAAUUAUUUUAUAACAUUAUCAAAGUGAUCAAUGCAUCAGUUAACUUAAAAUUUUAUUAUUGUAGGGCGCGCUCAAAGCUGUACGCGUCAAUGUUUAUGAGAGUAGAUUUUUUUUCCUCACAGUUAAGCUUAUGUUUUUAUCCUGAAACUGAGAGAAAGUGUACUCUAAAAUGAUUGUAAAAUCCAUAUUUAGGUGCCGGAAAACUAUUAAUUCACCGAAAAAUUGUUAUUGAGAGAAAACAAUUUUGCAAAGAAUGAUCUCACGCCAUUAUAACCCGCACAGCUCGCGGAGAUGACAACAACAACAACACUCACCUCUUUUCCUUACUAUCGGUUAACAAAUUCAAACGUUUCCUCUUAAAUUUCCUUAUAAAACACAUGGUAAACAUGCUAUCGUGUACUGCCGAGUUUUGGAUGCACUCAGGAGACUCAGGAUUGCUAAGCUCACAACAACUCGAGGAAUUACGAAUAUCAGUGUGCUCAAUAGGAAUAUGAAGCAUGCUCGCGCUAUUGGAUUUGAUGAGGGGAAUUUUCUAGCUAUGUUAUAAAAUGAUUUGCCAUAUAGACCUUGUCACGGUUUUUGACGCCAUCUUGAUGAGUAGGCAAACGCAUGAGAAAUUACUUUACAACAUAACAAAAGUAAAUCGCGCGCUCUGAUUGGUCAGUUAGCGACUACCAUUUGCCCGUGGGUGCACGCCUAGAAACUGAGCUAGCGCAGUAAAAUUUAGGUAAAUUCAUCAAAUCUCCUCUCCUGACAGUAAAAUACAUCGAUGAAAUGCACAGAUGAAAAGUGGAAGUUGAAGAAAGUACUAAGCUGUCGUUUUGAAAGAAAAAAGACAAAAGAUCAAGUGACAGAUUUGCCCUGGAUGUAUUAAUCACUGUUUUCCUCGCAGCUAGAAUCGGCUGAAGUAAAAUUGAGCGAGCGAAGAUUCAUGGUACAUUUUAUGUGUUUUUUUAUAGAAGAGAAAGUCUGUUUGAAAUGUACAUUUAUCAAUUAGCAUUGUGUUAUUGACUUUUUGGUCAAGCUGAUGCUAAAUUCAAGCAAAUAUUUUAGGAAACACUCUCAAAUUCGAGACAGCUUUGUUGUGAAGUUUUCAUCGCAUCGAUUAAAAGUUUUAGUUGAGUUUAAACGGGCACAUUACACUGCAAUAAGCGAAUUUCAUUUGAGUACAGAAAUAUUUGGGUUUUCAAAUAAAUUUUUCAAAAAAUAACUUCUGUGUGUAUUAUUUUGUUCCUCAGUGUUCAUUCAUAACAGUCAUUCAGAGAACGGUAACGGCUUCAGCGCCGGCUGUGUGUCAGCGAAUUUUGGUUAUAACUUUGACUUUCAUAGCUGGAUUUCCUCAGACAGAUUUCGAUACAAAGCUAGUUACCGGUAAUUUCUUUUUAAAAUUAGUGUUAAUAAAGGAAUCACAGUCAAAGUUUCUCAUUUCUACUUUACGUUUAUUUCAAAAAUUGUCACAUAAAUAAGCUUGAUAAUUAUUUCAUUUAUUUGGUUUUAGCUUAUUUUUUAGAGUCUUUUUAGUUGGUGUUUAUAGUUGCAGCUAUAGUUUUCCCUCAAAGUUUUUACCCUAAUAUUAAGAGCAAGUAGACAGAUGCCAUUCAGAAUAACAACGAAAAACGUUUUGCAAUUUACCUGAAGAGCUGAAGACGCACAACGGUUGAUUCGGCGAAAGAAAAACUCAAAGGGGCGGGUAGAUGGCAGCAUACAUGAACUCGGACCGAUGACUCAACCGAAGGCAAAUGGAAAAUAAUGUUUUUCUGUUUGAUUAUGUUAUAAAAGAAAUGGUAAACGUUGCAGCUGUGCAACCAUGGAGUUAUGGAUGUUCUUGGAAAGUUUGCUAAGCACUCAAGAAGCUAGAGUCGCACUCGGUGACUCUUACGCUUCUUUUGUGCUUAGCAACCUCCCGCGUGCAUCCACAACUCCAUGGUUGCAUGCUGCACGUUUACCAUUUCUCAAGUGUUUGUAUGAGAAUCUAAUGUCCGUAGAACGGCAUUUCUGAAAAAAAUAUGAACGGUAAACUAAAGCUUCACUCCUAAGGAUUCUACUGAAAAAAAUUUAGGGCAUUUCAUGGGCUAGAAGACCUACAGACACGUUUUUAAAUUUUCUAUACAUUUGUCUGUAAGAAAGUCGCGGGAAAAAGUACAGACAAAUAUAUGGAAGAUCUAAGGCAAGCUUCUGGAGAAAUUUAAGCACAGAUACGCCCCCAAAAUUUUUUAGUAAUUCAUUUGCUUUGUAGCUUUAGUUUACAAUUUAUAUUUUUUUCAGACAAGCCGUUUUGCGGAAAUUAUUCAACAUUAGAUGCUCCUGCAAACACUGUAAUUUCUCACGGGUUUGCCUACUCGUCAAGAUGGCGUUGAAAACCAUGACAAGGUCUAUUCAACGGUGUUUUUUUUUUGUUUUGUUUUUGUUUUUGUUUUUUUUUCAACGGUUAACAUUUGGGUUGGAUUGGGAUUUAACAGUAAAGAAGGGCGGGAUGGGAGAUUAGCAGGAAAAAAAAUACUAUAGAAACACCUUUGAUGCAAUGCAUGACUAUUGAGCCUAUCACAGUCUUGUAUGCCCCAGUUGUUCAGAAAGUGGAUAGUGCUAUCCGCUAGAUAUCUUUUUCCAGUGAGUAACAAAUUUAGUUUCCCAAAUACUUAUCCACUGGAUAGUAAUUUAUCCAGUGGAUAGUGCUAUCUAGGUUUUUAACAACCACAACGUGGUUAGAUUAAAGGGCUAUCCAGACAAAUGUGAAAAUUACAAAGGGAAAAAGGGAAACAUGGAAACUAUUUACAGCAACUGGGAUGGUGGUAGAAAACAUAGCAUUAAACACUCAAUUUUUGAAGGAUGCUUGUGUGGUUCCAUCUUAGCUGUGUUUUCUCCUUUUAUAUCCUCCUGAAUAGCAUUCAAACAAAUGCAUUCUCCUGAUUGUAUAGCAGUCAACAUAAUUUGUUUGUAUCCUUCUUACAGAAAGCUAUCAGUGACCCAAACACUUGUGCUUUUAUGGUGGAGCCAAUCCAAGGUGAAGCUGGUGUUAAGAUUCCUGAUGAUGGAUAUUUGAGAGGUGUCAGGGAGCUUUGUUCGAAGUAUAAUGUAAGUGUUUAUUAUAUCAGGGUGCCAUGCUAACAUUAUCCUCUGUUGAACAAACCAUUGUUUUUUUACUUGGUCAGGGAUGUACACACUGUAGCUAAGGAAAAGCUGGGAAUGCUUUUUUGUUAGUCAACCGGCUUUUUUACUCAACUGUAUCUUCAAAUUUAUUUUUUUUGAGCUGUUGGUAAGCUCUUUUUCAGCCAGUGAAAUUAGCCAGCAGCGGGCUCUUAACAACCUCCCUGCUUGUUAAACUUGAACCAAGCAUCCAAAUGUACCCUUGGAAAUAAUGGGCCAGACAUCUCCUACGGAGAACGUCUAAAGUUCCUUAAAUGGCCAACACUUCAACGAAGAAGAUUAUUUUCAUUGCUUAUCGAGUGUGAUAAAACAAUAAACAGACUUAAUGGGUUACAUCCCUGAGCAUUUUUUACAUUUGCAAAUGAUUUUCGGCCCUUAAGAGCUAAUCACCGUUUCAAACUUAAGCUUGCAUCCGCGACUUUAAAUAGUUUUGAACAUUCUCUUUUUUUUUUCACAUAAUCAAUAAGUGGAAUAAUUUGCCAAAGGAAAUUGCUGAGGCGGAAAAUUUGAACAAUUUUAAGAACAGACUGAGAUGUCAUCUUGCAAAUUUUUCUAGUGAACACUAAGUUCUUCAAACUUGUGAUAUUUUAUACUUAGUAUUUUAAACAGUUGUAAAUAAUAAAUGUUUUAAUUUAUUUUAUUAUAAGGAGAUAAACUAGAAAAGGAUAACCUCCUUUAUCUUCUUUUCUCUUUCCUAUGAAGUUGUGAAUAAACAGUUAUUAUUAUUAUGAUUAUUAUUAUUGUUAUAACCCUUUCACUGCCAAAUGUGGCCAAAGGGAAAAUUCAACCAAAAAUCCCAAAUUUCAUUUUGUAAAAUUUUGAAAAACAAGUGGCAAAAUGUGAAAGUACAGGUAGAGAGAUUUCAUUUGAAUGGUCACCCCAUUGGGUUUCAUCAACAGACUCAAAAGUUAGAGCUUCCUUACAAAACUCCAUUAUUCACUCUGGCAGUGAAAGGGAUAAAGAAAGAUCUUGUGUAGUAAGGGAUAGCUGAAGCCACAAGUUGCUGUCAGCCUUAGAUGCCAUAAAACUCCGAAACUAAACCCCCCAAACUCGUAACGCAAAAAACCCUCUGGUAAAUUUCCUUCCAACUACCAACUACAAGGCUAACCCAAUCGAUUUUGAAAUGCAAAUUUCCCUCCGUAGAUAAGCCCCUCCAAAAAUAGGCCCCUCAAAAAGGGCCUUUGAAAAAUAUAAGCCCGGGGCUUAUUUUCGCAAUCUUACGGUAUAACACUAAAUGUACCAUUUUCUUUGCUUCUCAGGUUCUUUUCAUAGCUGAUGAAGUGCAAACUGGGCUCGGUAGGACUGGAAAGUAUGUUCUGACAAUAUGUUUUGAAACCCUUAUUCCCAUGAAGUACUCAAGGGCAAAGUUUCAAGUGGGGAAAACAAUUUUUGUUAACUGGUUGACAUAUUUUUUGUAGAUUUUUUGUAUUAUCUCACUGGUAUUUCAUUUUUUCUAGCCGUAUAUUGAGUUAAUGUUUAACUGUCAUAAUGAUGUUAAAGAAAAGUGUUAAUAAUUGUUGGUGGGUGUUUUAACUUUGAAGGCGCUUGGCUGUGGACCAUGAAAAUGUCAGACCAGAUCUUGUUAUUCUUGGAAAGGCUCUCUCUGGUGGUGUUUAUCCUGUAAGUUACAACCCAUUGUUAAUUUUUACUUUUCUUUUGAUUGAAGCGUUACUAUCCCAAAGCUGUACUCUGCAAGUGUUUUGAACCUUGGAUUCUAGGAUGCCAACAUUAACUUUUGUUUCUCAAGAAAAGAGUGACUGACAUCAAUCUUAUCUUAACAUUAUCAAUAUUUAUUAUAUAAACACCAAUGAAAUACCAAGUGAGCUUUCAUGCGAAAACUUGAUAUCUUCACAUGUGAAAAUAACAUGUUAUCUUCACAUGUGAAAAUAUCACCAUUGCAAUGGCUUCACAAUAAACCGCACCUUUCAGACCAAAAAACUAUUUAAGUAAAAUGGUUUGGUAUUUCAUUGGUGUUUAAGAAAUAGAACAUUACAUGGCCACUUGGAGGUACAAAAUUUCUCUUCUCGUGUUGAAAAACUAUUUCAACACUUGAAGAGAAAUUUCACAUCUCCACGCGACCAUGUGAUAUCCUCUAUAGCAUUAAGAUAAAAGUUGUGAGAAUUGUUUAAUGUUCAACAAUGGCUUAAUGUAUUGAUUAAUUAAAGAAAUGUAUAGAAAUUAGUUUAGAGAAUUUGUAUGUGGAUAUUGGGGCUUAGAAUAAUUCACUUUACAGUUUUGUUACUCAAUAGCAAAGCUAAGUUGCCAACAGCUGGCAAUGAUUGUACAACCUUGCUAACCUGAAAAGGUUGGAAUUGAGUUUGUCUGAUUGAAAGGAAGUGAUUAAAUUACAGAAAAUCUCUGAUGUGGGACUUGUUAAAUUUUGAAAUUAAAGGGAUGAGUAAUGAACAGAUUAUUUGAUGUGAUAUAAAAAUAAUUUUAUGAGUCUGAUGUGAGGUAAUUUUUUUGAAAUUGUAUGUAGGUUUCUGCUGUUCUUUGUGAUGAUGAAGUCAUGCUUACUAUAAAACCUGGACAGGUAAUGUGUUAUUUUACAUGGCUUCUUACUGUCAAACUCAGAAAACCGUAAACACCAAAAUUUUUAGGAAUGUUGAUUGUGUUUCCAUCAAUUACAAUAAAGUUCAGGACACGCAAAAAACUCAAAGCCACAAACUGAUUACCGUUUCUGUUUGCGGUGUAGUUUUCACGUGCCUUAUUGGCUUUUUCCUUGCAACACAGUAACAUCCCAUAAACAUUUUUGUAUUCACUGUUUUGAGAGUUUCAUAGUAACAGAUUUUCAUGUUUUCUUAGAAAGAAUAUACACUGAUAGACAUCAUUAUUGGUUUCUUGUAGCAUGGUUCAACCUAUGGUGGAAACCCACUUGGAUGCAAAGUUGCCAUCACUGCAUUGAAAGUAAGCUUUUGAACUUUUUUAUUGACUGUUACCACGUCUUUACCAUUAACUGUUUUUAUUAGCACAUCAUAAUUUACUGUUUCGUUGCCCAUUUCUUGAGAGGCCUGGCAACUUUUAAGGGCCAAAAACAAAUAUUCAAAUCCAAAUCUAAAGAAUGAAAACAGGGGUCCCAGCCAACAAACCAGUCCAUUUUGUUUUGUUAACUAAUAGUUUUAUUAUGUUGUGUAGAAAAUGUUUGAAACCUCCAUCUUAAAUGCAACAACAGCAUCUUUCCCAACCCGGUAAUUAUUGGGACUUUUGAGAAACAGGGCCCUGGUGGUAACACCUUUGGUCUCUCAAUUGUAACUAAUGCUAACAAAAGCAAAAAUAUCCUUUAUGCAAAACUUAAUUUUUACUUAGCUGUGUUUGCCUUCAUCCCUGUUUAACUAAUGGCUAUAUCAAAAGUAGGUUGAGUUUGAUCGUCCGGGUAAAUGUUGUCCUGAAUUGGACUGUUGUUGUUGACAGUGACUGACGUUUCGACAACCUGUGCAGUAAUCAUCUUCAGAGUCAAGUUACUUUUGAAAUGACUCCAGGGUUCAAACCUUUCACAGUUUCAAUGGCUAUAUGCUUGACACUGCUGUGUUCUUGUAGGUUUUAGAGGAGGAGAAGCUAGCUGAACAUUCUGCUAGGUUGGGAGAAAUCAUGAUACCUGAACUGCAGAAGCUGAACCCAGCUGUUGUCAAGUCUGCACGUGGCAAAGGGCUCAUGAAUGCGAUUGAGAUCCAUGCUACUGAUGGUGGGUUUGUAGAAAAAUAAUAUUAAUCCCAGUCUGUUGUUAGGUUUUUUAUUAUGCUAUUGUUUAAUGUGUACCUUUUGCCAUGUCUUGCCUGGGUAACUGUUUAACAGGAAAGUCUAUCUGUAGGAUUGUAAAAUCUCCAAAUUUACUGUGUGGAUGAUAAUAAAAGAUCACUUUAAGUCCCUUCGUAUUCCCUACCAAGCUGGUUAACCUUUUCUUACCCUCAUGUAAAAAAUGUAACUUUUUAUUGAAACUUCUAUUAGGCUGUCUUUUAUAUUUAUAUAUUAAUUUUAAGCUUAAACAUGCACAGAACCUGGUUAGUUCUCAAGUUGGCGGACCACCUUGUUCCAAUGAAACAGGCUUGAAAUUCACAUAUGAUAAUUUUUGUUUUCAGAAUUUAAUGCAUGGAAGGUUUGUUUGAAACUAAGAGACAAUGGACUGUUGGCCAAGCCCACUCACGAUCACAUCAUCCGGUUCACACCACCUCUUGUCAUCACAGAAGAGCAACUCCAUGAAUCACUUGGAAUAAUCAGAGAUACUGUUGAGUCAUUUGCUUAA